AUGGAGUUUUGUAGAAUGGGAAGCUACAGGGCAUGGAGAAUAAUUGGGGUGCUGAUGUUACUUUCAUUGGGUGCUCUAUCUGGUACUCCAUUGAGAGAGUGCCCCACAGUUACUCAACUUUUUACUGCAUGCUCCUAUUACAUCUCCUAUGGCUCCCCAGACCCCAUGCCAGGGUCCCCUUGUUGUGAUAUCGUCUCUAGAUUGAACAUCAUUGCUAACUCGGGAGGUAACAAUAAACAAUAUGUUUGUAGAUGCUUAAUGGGCCUGAUGGAAACUCAUAGCCCAAAUGCCACAGCUAUUGCUACCCUGCCUGGUUUUUGUGGUGUCUCUUUGGGCUUCACAAUUGAUCCCAAUACAGACUGUACUUUGUAA